UUAUGACAGGCUUGUUUUUUGAGGUUAUAUUGGUUGAAUUUCUUGUUGUUAUUCUCUAUUUUUGUUGUUAAUUGUCCGGUUUUAAUGUAAUUUAGUGAAAUGUCUUUGUGUAAGAUUCAUAAUGUGCGGUUCUACAAGCCGGAGGCGCGUGCCAUCUACAACAUGGCUUAUUUAAAGUCGAAAAGUAAAUUGGCUGUGUCAAGAUCCGAUGCUUCCCUGGAAAUCUGGGAUAUAAGUCACAACGCUUUCAUUGAAAAAACCAUAGCUUCAACUGUAGAAAAUUACAGUAUCGAAGGGUUAACUUGGAGUGACAAUAGACUUUUCUCGGUUGGUUUGCAUGGGUUUUUAGUCGAAUAUGACCUGUAUAAAUUGGAGGUUAAGCAAAAAACCACUGUAACUGGAGAGGCAGCAUUUUGCAUGGACAGCAAUAGUAAAAAUGAGAUAGCCGUUGGUACUGAACAAGGGUAUUUGAACGUUUUUAAUGUUGAUAACGAUGAAAUUAUUUUUGAAAAGUUUUUGGACAAACAGGAGGGAAGAAUUAUAAGUUUAAAGUUUGAUCCCAGUGGUGAAUUUAUUGUUUCUGGAAGUAUUGAUGCUAUUAGGAUCUGGAAUGUUGCCACAGGUCAUGCCUUGCAUAAAAUGUCCACUGGUAGGACGGAAACGAAAAAGCCGACGAUAGUAUGGUGUCUGGCGAUCACAAACGAUUUUACGGUUAUCAGUGGGGAUUCCAGGGGUAAAUUAACGUUUUGGGAUGGUAAAGUGGGUGCACAAAUAGAGAGUUAUCAGUCCCAUAAGGCCGAUAUUUUAUCUAUUUGUUUAUCGGAGGACCAAACGUCGCUAUGUUGCGCUGGAGUGGAUCCAAACAUUAUAAAUUACGUUCAGGUGAACGUCAAAGGUGGAAGUCAGAAGUGGGUGAGAAGUAUACAGCGUAAAAUCCACGAACACGACAUUCGCUCGCUCUUGCUGGUCAAUCAAAAACUGUACUCUGGCGGAAUAGACGGGUAUUUGGCUUGCAGUUACCACCCGCCUAAAACCCUACUGAAAAACCCGCCACUACAAAAUUUUUGCUCUCAAAUAAGCUCAGAAUCCAGGCACAUUCUGCUGAGGUAUCCUAAGCAUUUGGAGAUCUACAAGUUGGGUCAAAGUGAGGAAGACGUAAAUAACGAAGUUUUAGGGGUCGUUCCAAUCAAGAAUAAGCCUGUAAAAUGCAUGGUUUUGCAUAAAUUGGUUGAAGGGUAUGAUGGGGAGAAAGAUAGAGAAGGAAUUUGCACUUCUUGUAUUUCAAAUAAUGGAAAAUGGGUGAUGUUUAGCACCUGCAGUGGUACUAGAUUAGUCAACUUAAAUUUGGACGUUGAAAAGCCAAGUCUAAAAAAAGUAUCCAUUGAUUGUAAAGAUGUAAAAUGUGUAAACUCAACUUUCACCCCUGAUAAUAAACAACUAAUAGUGGCGCCUUCCAAUGGCGGUCUGAAGGUCUACAAUGUAAAUGAAGAAAAAGUAGAGGAAGCACAAUUUAUCCUGUUUAAUUCCUCAGAAAUUGUGGACAGUAUAACUCACCUAACUGUGUCGCAGUGCAAUAAAUACUUGAUAGCUGGUGACUCCGAUGGAAAUGUUGUUGUAAUAAUAAAUAAGAAAAAUGACGGUUGGAAGUUCUACUGCAAACUGCCAAAGUACCACGUUCCCUUAACGGCUCUAGCAGUACACCCGACUUUGUUAAAUAUCGUUUUAACAUAUGCAGACAAUAAGAUUAUAGAAUACAACAUCAAGAAAAAAGAGUUCACGCCAUUCAGUAGGUUCCUCCAAAAGAAUCCACCGCGACAUUUGACAUCGAGGAAUUACCCAAUAAGAAACGUUUCCUUCGAUACAAAAAACGAAAACGUCAUUAUUUUAAACGACGAUAGCGUCAUAAACAUCAUUAAAAAAGAUGAUGUCAUGAAAGGUGGUGUGGAAAAUGAAGCCAAAGUCCCCAAAUUGGAUUCAUCAGUGUCGCAAAAUUCCAAUGGAUUUUAUUCAAUUUCUAAGUAUAAGCACUUGGUUAACUUAAGUUGGUUGUCAGAUGAUGAAAUGGUUGCUGUAGAGGUAAGUCCAUUGAGUCUAAUGGAAAAUCUACCGCCGGCUUUUGUGCAAAACACUUUCGGAAGAAAAUAAUUAAUUUUAAUAAAAAAACAUACCAAGA